AUGCUUCCUGCCAUGAAAGCCCCCGACUACCUGGGCUAUGCUAAGGCCGCCGUCGAAGAAGAUAUCAAGAUCAUUGAGACUGCCGGAAACCCUGAGCCUAUUCUCAAUUACCUGAAGAGUAACGGUGUGAUCGUCAUUCAUAAGUGCGUUUCGCUCGGACAUGCAUUGAAAGCGCAGGCGAAAGGUGUGGACUGCAUCUCCAUCGACGGUAUUGAGUGCGCCGGCCACGGAGGCGAAUACGAUAUCACAUCUAUGAUCCUCCUCGGAAGGUGCGCUCAGGAGUUGAAGAUCCCAUUCAUAGCAUCUGGCGGUUUUUGCGACGGCAAGGGACUGGCCACUGCUCUUUUCUUGGGAGCGCAAGGGAUCAACAUGGGCACUCGCUGGAUGUGCACCGUCGAAGCUCCGAUUCAUCAGAAUGUCAAGGAGGCGAUCGUCAAUAUGGACGAGAACGGCACGAUCCUCGUCCUUCGAAAAUUCCGCAAUACAACUCGAUUAGCCCGGAACGAGGUCACAUUAGAGGUCCAUAAGAUUGAGAACAGCAAGCUAGACCCUCAGUUUCAAGAAGUGGCUCACCUUAUGUCUGGUGCUCGAGGAAGGAACGUAUACGAGACUGGAGACAUUGACGCCGGAGUUUGGUCUGUAGGUCUUGCGGCUGGGUUGAUCAAGUCCAUUCCCACAUGCGAGGAACUCGCCCGUACCAUUGAGAAGGAGGCUGUCGAGUCCCUGUCAAAGGCUUCUAGUCUGUAUACCAACCGCGCCAGCCUUUGA